AUGUCGUCCAAUCAGUCCUUUUCAGUACGGAUACACUCCCUGGACAACCAACCACCACUCACCGAAUCUGCCUUCUCGCAGCGGCAGCGCAAGUACAAAGUAUAUCAGACCUUUCAGCACAAAUGUCUUGGGAUAGCCAUGUUUGGACUCAUGCUUCAGGUGCUUCGUUGGCGCUGGAAGCAGAGGAUCACCCCUGUCCAGUCGGCUCGUGAUGAUUAUUCAGCUAUUGUCGCACUUGCCCCGACAUUCGGCCCCGGCUUCGGCCAAGUCGGCCUAACGCCGCCGGGAAAAGAGGCCCCCCACCGUCAAAGACUGGACCUUUUUUUUCGGCUGCACCACCGCACACCACCGGCUACAGCGAGGACCCCUGCCCUUUUUCUCGUGCCCGUGCAAGCCGUUGCAUCCUGCACACCCUCACCGACUUCAACUCCCAAGCCUCUGCCGACAACGGACGUCCUUCGCCUGCGGUCUUUCAAGCAUUACGCCGGCCCUGCCCCCCUACGGAGUACGACGUUCCCUGCUACUACCCAGUACCCGCCCGAUCGCCCGCCCGCUGCCGCCGUAUCGCCUGGACCGGGCCCAACGUCCUUUCGCUUCAGCAACAGGGGGAUGCGAUGUAGCCGGCUCGCAGCGAGCGAGCGCAUUGCUCCUUGGACCAAGUCUGAAGCCGAGAAAGAGGGAGACACGGGGCACCGCUCAAGCCGAACCAGCACACUCGACGUCCGCGGUCAUCCCAUCUUGCUCCAUCACCGCAAUGCAACAGAACACUUCGUUGGCCACUUGAUUUUGGCUCGCGUCUCGCGCUCCUCUUCGCUUGCCGUCAUCACCGUCACGCACUUAUCCCUCAUGGCAAUGCUGAUGCGCGCGCACCAACCUCUACGGCAAGCGGGAAUUCCCAUCUCUCAAGUUCUCCAUCUAAUCCCCGGGAGGCAUGGCCAUCUAAGGCCCCGUUCCCCAAUUCGCGGUGGUCAGCCCCGUGGCCCCCUUCAAAAACGAAGCCCCGUCGGCCAGUCAUCGACUAGAAAUCUUCCGUCAGCAGAAAGAGCGGGGAUCGGCGCAGGAUCAUGGAUGGGGAAGGGAAGAGAAAAAAUGAGUCUGGUCCCCUUGGACGCCAGGCUCAUUGCACCCUUCACGCUUUAUGGGGGUCCUACUAAGGAACUGCAAGAACUGCAAGAACUAGGGGGGAUGACUGCGCUGGAAAGUGGAUCAAUACCGUUGGUUUUUUGUUUGCGCUUGACGAACCGUCUUUUUUCUUCGCCUUCCGCUGCCACUGCUCUUGUGACUCUUAUUGUCCUCUCCUUCCCCAAAUUCUCCAAUAAACUUUGCCUUUGGUUUAAAGAAGGCGGUGGCCGCCUCCGUCCCGAUUCAUCUGCCCUCGACCUCGUAAACUCGACGUCACAGAACUUUGACCACGCAUAA